AUGGAGUCAAUCGGUGAAUAUGGUAUGGAUGCCCGAGAGCUCAGCCUGAUAACUGAUUUGGUUCUCCUGCAUAAAUUCAAAACUCCUGAAUUUGAGAAGUAUAAUGACACCAGUUGUCCAUCUGCUCACGUUCAGCCGCCACUUUUGGAGAAGGAAACCACAGUUCUUUUCCUUAAUACAAUGAAGGGUCCUUUUUUGGAUCGUAUAUUGGGAAGUGCUUUGAGGAGUUUCUCAGAUAUGUGGUAUGACGUGAAUGCACGAUGUGAAUAUCACACAGAUAUUGUGGGGCACUCAAUUGAAAAUUGUGUGUCUUUCAAAAAGUUGGUGCAGAACUUGAUUGACACUGGGAUGUUGAAGUCCAAUUCUGCUGAUGUUGCGAAGAACCCAUUGCCCAAUCAUGGUGGGCAAGGAGUAAAUGUUAAUAAAGAAGAGAGUGGGAGAAGAAUGAAGAGGCAUGUCUCUGAGGUCAAGUCCCCACUCGAAUGGGUAUUUGAGCAACUCACAGGUGAUGUCUUGAUCAAGCAGAGUCUGGUUUCUACUCAGGGAGAAGGUGUAUUAUUUUUUAAGUUUUGCAAAGAGGGAGAGCAUGAGAUUCAACACUGUCACGAGUUUAAGGCUUUAAUUCAAUCAAUGAUGGAUAAUAAAAAGAUUGAAUUCUUUGAAAAUGUUGGAAAAAUAAAAGAUGAAGAGGUGUGCACGUCUGAGUACACCAAAUCUGCAUACGGGGUCAGAAAGCCGAUUGUUAUUACUGUGAAGCCCAACGUGGCAAAUAUUAUCCUUGUUGCUCCAAAAUUAGUGAUUUCCACUCCGUCUCCAUUCCCCUUCAAAGAUUCACGCAGGGUGCUAUGGAACUACACCACCAAUAUCUCCGUAUCAGGGGAGGUGAAGAAUGUGGAAGGACCAAAGGUCAUACAAGAAGUAAAAGCAAGCGCUGAAGAGAAAAUGAAGGCCCCUGUCGAGAUAAAAAGCAAGGAAAAAGGUCUAUCGCCUCUGAAGAUAAUUGAGGAUGAGCCUCCGAAGGUUAAUAAGCCAGUUGCUGAAGCGCAGGCCCUGGAGUUCUUAAAAUAUUGGAGACAUAGCAAAUACAGUGUAGUGGAGCAAUUGCACAAACAAAAGGCACGAAUUUCAGUAUUAGAUUUGCUGAUAAAUUCAGAGAUACACCGUAACACUUUAUUAAAAGUGCUUAAUCAAACCUUUAUACCGGAGGAUAUACCCUUUAACAAACUGGAUCGAAUAGUGAACCAUAUCACUUCGAAUAAUUAUAUCACGUUCACCGAUGACAUAAUCUCAAAAGGAGGCAGUGGAUCUAUAAAGGCUCUAAACAUUACCACACAUUGUAAUGGCCAUGUGUUACCUGGAUGUUUGAUUGAUAAUGGGUCUACGCUCAACGUGAUGCCAAUGGCUACUCUCCAAAGGUUUCCAAUAGAUGGAUCCCACAUGAAAGUGUAUCAGAAUAUUGUCCGACCUUUCGAUGGCACUCAGAGGGAUGUUAUUGGCUAG